GCGUGUGUGCAGUCUUUCUUCACUUUCUCUUCAUCUCUUCCUUGUUCCAUCCCCAUUUCUCUCUCUCCGGUCAGCUCCUUUUACUUUCUCUCUCGUCUCAUAGGUUUCAUUUCUCACCUGAGACCACGAGAGAAGCAUAUAAAACUCCCUCUACUUUUCUUCAAUCUUCUCCUAAGAAGCAACCAUAACCACUUUAGGUUUAACACCUUUCAAUUUCAAAACCACCUCAUGAAUUCUUGAAGCCAUUGUCGUUACCGUUUUAGAUGGCUUUAGAUUCAGUUCUCCAUGCAUCAUCUAGCUCGAAUUUUUGACCCCAGCAAGAUAAGCCAUACCAUGGAUCGCAAGAACCCCCGAAGAAAACCCAAGCUCGAGCGCCGAAAUGCGCACAAGUACUUCGAAUACGACGCCGGAUCGUCUUCAUCCUCGCUCGACGACUCCUCUGGCUCGCUCUACACUCGCUCCAUGGAGUUCUACGACCGCACCAGCUUUCGAAUUGAGGGAGUCGAAGGUGAGUUCGAUCGUAUUUGCCGGAGUUUGGGGCUCUCAGGGCCAGAAGACUUCUCUAUUCCCGCGGCGACAUGGGAGGCAAUGAAGGUCCGAUCCUCUUCGGAUAUUCUUCCACGGUUGAAGCUCGACAAGUUGGAUGUUCAGGAGAAGGAGGAGGAGGAGGAGGAGGAGGAGGAAGAAGAAGAAGAAGAAGAAGAAGAAGCGAAGGUAAACGAGGAGAGAAAAUCACCAAAGGAAGGUGAAUUGAGAGAAAUAUAUGAAGAUAGGAUUAGAGUUAGAAGCGUGGAUGAUUCCCCCACUGAAACUAGUGUUAGUGGCGGCGGCAUCAACGGGGCUCGUCCACCGAUGCUAAAGCCGCCGCCGGGGACGAGGGUUCAGGUGGUGGAUAACGCGAGUUCGACUUGGGACCUUUUUAGGGAUUUGGCUCCGAAAGGGGAAGGGGUGCGAUUGAACCAUUCAGGGGAUGAGAGGGAAGUAGUUAGAGAAGCAGAGGCAAAAGAAGAAGGGCAAGAUGGUAUGGUAAGUCCGAAGAGAGAAGAGGAAGAGGAAGAGGAAGAGGAAGAGGGGGUGGAUAAUGCGGAGUCGUGUUCGUUUUCCACGUCAAACGAAGAUGAUUCUUCUAGCACUAACUCGGACCCUAGGUCCAAUAAUAUAUCUCCUAACGCCAGAAUCAAGCGUAUUAUUACCGCCGGCAGCUGGCAGAAGGGUGAGUUUUUGGGGGGUGGCUCGUUUGGCUCCGUCUAUGAAGGAAUUUCUGAUGAUGGAUUCUUUUUUGCUGUAAAAGAAGUUUCGCUGCUUGAUCAACGCGAUCAGGGAAAGCAAAGUGUCUAUCAACUGGAGCAGGAAAUUGCACUUUUGAGUCAGUUUGAACACGAGAAUAUUGUUCAAUACUAUGGCACAGAAAUGGAUGAAUCAAAGCUGUAUAUCUUUCUUGAGCUCGUAACCAAAGGUUCCCUUAGAAGCCUCUAUCAGAGAUAUACUCUUCGAGAUUCCCAAGUAUCUGCCUAUACAAGACAGAUUUUGCAUGGUUUGAAGUAUCUUCAUGAUCGAAAUGUGGUUCAUAGGGACAUUAAAUGUGCAAAUAUAUUGGUGGAUGCAAGUGGAUCUGUCAAGCUUGCAGAUUUUGGAUUGGCAAAGGCAACCAAAUUGAAUGAUGUUAAAUCGUGCAAGGGAACAGCAUACUGGAUGGCUCCCGAGGUUGUAAAAGGAAAGAACCAAGGUUAUGGGCUUCCAGCUGACAUGUGGAGUCUGGGAUGCACUGUAUUGGAGAUGUUAACACGUGAAAUUCCAUACUCGAAUUUGGAAUGGAUGCAGGCAUUAUUUAGAAUUGGAAAAGGCGAGCGACCUCCUAUUCCUGAUUCUCUUUCAAAAGAUGCACGGGAUUUUAUGCUGCAGUGCCUUCAAGUUAAUCCAAAUGAUCGUCCCACUGCUCCUCAACUUUUAGACCAUCCAUUUGUCCAAAGGCCACUUUCCCAGUCCUCUGGUUCUUCAUUUCCUUAUAUUCAUGGCCGCAAGGGUUAAGCAAUGUCAUCUUCUACUAUGAAACACGAAGUAUUCAAGUUGCUGGAGUUGAUCUUGGGUCCAUUACUGCAGCAAUUGUUGAGUUGCUCGUGUUGAAGCAUUCAGAGUAAGCUUGCUUGUAACUGAUGUUAAGCAUUGCUUUGGGUCUAACACGUGAUAUGUCGCUCCAGAGAACCAAUACUGGGCACUGUCAUUUUGGAAAAUUAUGCUCAAUGUGUUACUAAAUUUCUCAGUGAUGACUUGUCUGUCGUAAAAGAUGAAGUAUCAAGAACCAACAUCGCGCAGAAAAAAGUUCCCUGCCUGCCCCCGCCCCCCCACAUCUUAGCUGACCGGUGAGAAACCUGUAGAGCAAUCGUAGCAAGAAUUGCAAACUAUUCUAGUUGUACAUAUAAUUUAUUUAUUAUUAUUAGGAUUAAAUACUAUUUUAUUCAUGAAACUUUUUUUUAUUUGAUUCUUAUAUAUAAAAAAAUUGUAAGUAAGUCCGUGAAUGAAAAAAUAUUUUCGAGAUAAUCCUUGAUG